AUGGUUGAAUACGAGGCCUGCAUUCUAGGUCUUUGGAUGGCACUGGAUAUAGACAUCAAUGAAUUGCUAGUCAUUGGAGACUCUGACCUACUAAUUCAUGAAGUACAAGGCGAAUGGGCCACCAAAAAUGAAAGGAUCUUGCCAUACGUGAACUUGGCACAAAGACUGUGGAAGAAAUUUAGAAAGAUUGAGUUCCAUCAUACUCCAAGAGCUCAGAACGAGUUUGCUGACGUGCUGGCCACAAUAGCGUCAAUGAUCCAACAUCCUGAAAGCAAUCACAUCGACCCACUGAGGAUAAGCUUGAAAGUAGAGCAUGCUCAUUGUUGCCACAUAGAAGUAGAGCCGGAUGAGCCGUGGUACAGUGACAUAAAAAUAUACUUGGAGAAGUGGGAAUAUCCCGAAGGAGUCACGAGUGGAAAAAAGAAGACCAUCAGAAGAAAGGCAAAUGGUUUCUUCCUAAACAAAGAAGUGUUGUACAAACAGACACCGAAUUUGAGUUUGCUUCGAUAUGUAGAUGCCGGCGAAGCCACCACUUCUAGAAGAAAUACAUGCUGGGACAUAUGGACCCCGCAUGAAUGGAUUUGUACUGGCUAA